UGUGUGGCCGGCAUGAUGCUCCUCGUGCUACUGACUGUUCUCUCAGGCCUGGUGAUACAAUCUCUUUCUCAGAAUUCCUGUGGAACAGAUCAAAAUCCAUACUGCGCAGGCAACAGUAUAUUUGAGCAACUAUGCUGUCCUUACCCCAACGUCUGUUACUGGCAAAACCGCGAUGGGACGCCGGGCUGCUGUCCAGCAGGCCAAGUGUGUGAUGGAUCUUCGCCUUACUCUCCGUCGACACCGAAACCGAGUCUGACGUCAACUAUCAGGGCGACCACAAUCCAACCAUCCACAAUUACGAUAACGUCGACCCCGACUCCGGCUCCGACCACUGCGGGCGGCGGAGGCGUUAUCAUUAUCAGCACCGUCCCAAACAGCCCGAGCAUUAUUACUGUCACUGUGACCACUAUCACGACGCACAAUCCUUGCGGCGGAGCUGUUUGCUCAACCAUAACAUCCGCUGGCGGCGGGGUGUACUCGACUGUAACAUCCGUGGUGGGCGGUGGUUUUUCUACCGUGACCUCGGGCGCCGCCAGCGUCUUUUCGAGUGUCUCUGGCGUCCUGGUUGGCCAACCCUCGGCCACACCACGCUCGGCAAUUGCCUCGAUCGUGAUGGUAGUGCUGGCGGUUUCGAUUGCAGUGAUAUGGAGUACUUUUGGCUGA